UUAAUCUUUCUCUCUCUUUUCCUUGCACCAAACCAAGAACUGGUAAUGGUACUAUGGACAGGCAAAGAAGUUUCUCCUUCAAACCCACCAGAUUAUUGGUAUUUUCCUUCACAAUCUCUUCUUCGAUCAUCUUCAUUAUACUCUUCACCAUUUGGGUCAUAAAAUCCACCCCUUCGGUUCCUCAACAGACCCAUUUCCAGUUCAACACUUCCUCUCUCACUUUGGGUCUCAAACCGCUAAAAACUGCUCAGACUACGACUGGUUUCAGUCUGAAUUCUUCAGUAAAUGAAGUGAAAGGUUCGAUUUUGAUCAAUACCCACUUCAGGAAACCUGAAAACGCUUCUGGGAUUUCAGUUAUUAGUGGUCGAAAGAGAAAGAGCGGUAAAUCCCAAGUGCUAAAAGAUGAAGAAAACGAAGGUGAUGACUUUACUGAUAAUGAGAAAAAUGGAGUUUCAAGUAGUGAGAAGAUUGAGGAGAAGAAUGCAUCAGAAACUUCAUUUAAGGAAAUUGUGGAGGAGAGGGGGGAAGAACUUGCAUUUGAGAAAAAGGAUUUGGUUUCAAGUGUUGAGAGGGUAAAAGAGAAGAGGAGAGCAAAGUGUGAUGUUACAAGAGGGAGGUGGGUUUAUGAAGAGAGUUAUCCCUUGUAUACAAAUGCUUCAUGUCCUUUUAUAGAUGAAGGUUUUAAUUGUCAGGGUAAUGGAAGACCAGAUAAGGGCUACAUGAAAUUGAGAUGGCAGCCACAAGAUUGUGAUAUUCCAAGGUUCAAUGCCACAAAAAUGCUGGAACUUAUGAGAGGGAAAAGACUAGUGUUUGUGGGGGAUUCAAUUAAUAGGAACCAAUGGGAAUCCAUGCUUUGCAUGCUAAUGGGAGCUAUUAAGGACCCAAAGAAGGUCUACGAAACACACGGGAGAAGAAUCACCAAAGACAAGGGACAAUAUAGCUUCAGAUUUGUGGAUUACAAGUGUACAGUUGAAUAUUACGUGAGCCAUUUCUUGGUUCAUGAGGGUAAGGCAAGAGUAGGGCAGAAACGCGUACAGACUUUGCGGAUUGAUUCUGUUGAUCGUGGCUCGUCUAGAUGGAGAGGUGCAGAUGUUCUGGUUUUCAACACUGCUCAUUGGUGGUCUCAUUACAAAACUAAAGCCGGGAUUAAUUACUACCAAGAAGGGGGCCAAGUUCAUCCACGCCUUGACGUUUCCUCAGCUUUCAGAAAAGCUUUAACGACAUGGGCAUCAUGGGUUGAUAAAUACAUCAAUCCCCACAAAACCCAAGUUUUUUUCAGAAGUUCAGCGCCUUCCCAUUUCAGGGGAGGCCAGUGGAAUUCAGGUGGGCAUUGUAAAGAAGCUUCUCUGCCACUUGCUAAAAUCUCAAGCAGUUUCGUAACCGAGAAAAGUGUGAUCGUUGAAGAGGUUAUAAAACAUAUGAGAACUCCUGUUACCGUCUUGAACACAACGGCUUUGUCUGAAUAUAGGAUAGACGGUCAUCCUUCUAUGUAUGGGAAAAGAACAAGAAAGCAAUUUUCUUCAAGUAUUCAAGACUGCAGUCAUUGGUGUCUUCCUGGUGUUCCAGAUUCCUGGAACGAAAUUUUGUAUGCUUAUUUACAGUCUAAAUCUGGGUCAACUGCUUUUAGUCUCCUUGACCGAUGAAUUCUUUUAUUUAUUUAUUUACUCAUUCAUUCAUUGAUUUAUUUAUCUGUCCCUUGGAUUUAUAUACAUAGUUCGUAUCAUAAAUACACUUGGUUUAUAUUCAUCACCUCUUGGUAGGCACAAGCACAAAUUUUUUUUUUUUUUUUGGCUAAUCAAACU